AUUUUGGGCUAUUAAGAUAUUAUGAAGGCCCAAAUAAGACCCGUAAUAUAUAAAUUUUUGUCUGCAUCCUGUGUUGUUCGUCAUCGCAGAAACCUCAGGAAAAGAAUUGGUCACAAAACCCCAAAGUCUAAGAAGUCUAGAGAUUCUCUCGUUCUCCGGUAACGGUGACACAACAGUACAAUCUCCGCCGCCGACGACAUCAGCAAGGGAAAAAGCUUUGAGAGAUGGCAUCGAAGUUGCUACAGCUGAAAUCCAAGGCCUGUGAAGCAUCCAAGUUUGUGUCCAAGCACGGCACAACUUACUACAAACAGUUGCUGGAGAAGAACAAGCAGUAUAUCCAGGAACCAGCCACUGUAGAGAAGUGCAAUGAGUUGUCUAAGCAGCUUCUCUACACUCGUCUUGCUAGCAUUCCCGGACGUUCUGAAUCAUUCUGGAAGGAAGUCGACCACGUGAAGGGCUUGUGGAAGAAUCGGGCGGAUUUGAAGGUCGAAGAUGCUGGGAUUGCAGCACUCUUUGGUCUGGAAUGCUUCGCUUGGUACUGCGCAGGGGAGAUCGUUGGAAGAGGCUUCACUUUCACCGGCUACUACCCUUGAAGAAACAGAGCAACCCCCAUAAACAAAAACAUUCCGGUUAAAACCAUUGAACGCUGAAAAUGCCUUUUAGAUCAUAAAUUAUUAUCUAUCUCAUGGCUCAACAUUAGAAGCUAAAGUUAACUUCUUUUCUGUCUCGAUAAUUAAUACACCAAGUUUUAAGGCUGAGGCAUCAUCAUCACUCAUGCUAUCUCUAAUAAUAUCAGUCGACAACAUGUUUGCUUGUGUGGCUUGUUCGUUUUAGUUUCAUUAGUGUGAAUGACCAUUUUCACAUCAUACAAAGUGCUGCUUGGCACUUUGAAACAUCUUUCUGGUUAAUUAUCAUCGUUAUUUACUUCAAAUCUCAUUCCUGAGAGAUGAUUAAAAAAAAAAAAAUUUCGAAACGCCAUUUUGCACGCAUUUCCUUGUAGAUUCUCCUCUACAAAAGGACGAAAAUCUUAUUUUAACAACUGUUCGGUGUUUUUUAACCGUUUUCUCUGUCACCGUCUUCAGCAAUUUCGCAUAUAAAGUCAAAUCUGAUCCGUGUGGAAGCAUCAGUCAGAAUUGUAGUGGAAGAUCGGAAACUGAGACUUCAUCUCUCGGAUACUUGAGAGUGCGCGUGUUUGGGGAAGAGGACUCUGAUAACGAUGGCUAAGGAUGAAGCCAAGGCAUCGGAAUUUUCCAACGGACUGCUGCAGAGUGAAGAGCUCUAUAAAUAUAUACUGGAGACCAGUGUGUACCCACGCGAACCGGAGGCUCUCAAGGAGCUUAGGAACAUUACUCGUAACCACCCUCGAGCUGUAAUGGCUACUGCACCGGACGCUGGCCAGUUGAUGGGGAUGCUGCUGAAUCUGGUAAAUGCAAGGAAGACGAUCGAACUUGGGGUUUUCACUGGAUACUCUCUUCUCCUCACUGCUCUUACGAUACCAGAGGAUGGCACGGUUAUCGCCAUUGACGUGAACAGAGAGUCGUAUGAAAUAGGAUUGCCAGUUAUAAAGAAAGCUGGUGUCGAACACAAAAUUGAUUUCAUAGAGUCUGAAGCUAUUCCAGUCCUCGACGAGCUUUUAAACGAUAAAGCGAACGAGGGUGGAUUCGAUUUCGCAUUCGUGGAUGCAGACAAGGUGAAUAAUUCGAACUACCAUGAGAGGCUUGUGAGGCUCAUCAAGGUUGGUGGGAUCAUAGUGUAUGACAACACUCUCUGGGGAGGAUCAGUUGCUGAACCGGACUCCUGCACGCCCGAGUGGAGGAAAGAAGACAAGAAAGCAACCCUCGAGCUGAACCAGAAACUCUCUGCUGAUCAGCGUGUGCAGAUCUCGCACGCUGCGCUUGGCGAUGGGAUCACUAUUUGCAGGAGAUUAUACUGAGCUAUGAUGUCAUGCCAAAGCGUUGUUCUUACUUCUUCGUCAUCUUGUUCUCUUCUGUUAAAUGAGAAGACUAAUGUAUGCAAUAAAUAAGAACAAAUAAAAAACUCACUAAACUCGUAUGUUUCUCUCUUAUUAAGUUUGGCGGUUUCUACAAAAUUUCUAGAUUUUGAGUUGCGAA